AUGCAGUCCAUGCCAACACUGCUGAAGCAUUCACUCCGGUCCAGCAUCCAACUGCACUUCAAAGGAUCCUCUCCGGUGCGAGCACAUUUCCGCCCGGCUACCCCAACCUUUUCCAUCACCAGACCGACUCCGCGGAGCUUCUCCGCCUGCGUACCAUGUCAAUUCCGCCGACAGCCCGAGACAUAUGCUGCAUUCGACGACAAGGACAAGUUUCCCAGUGAGGCUGAAAAGGUGAUCAGGGAGAGAGAGCAAGAGCUUGGUUCUCGCGACCCGGUCCCGAUCCCGGGUGUUGAGGUGGGGAGUUCUCAUGCUGCUCCCCCUCACACAGAGCCCGAGCUGUCUGCAGAGCAGAUAAACCCAAAGGAGACGGAAGUGGAACAAGAGAAAGUCACACAGCAGGAGCAAGAUGCCACCGAGGCCGAGGCAAAGAGCGGAGGUCUUCCCUCGUACCUGGAAAGCCGACGGUCACAAAUGUCCAAGCAAUUCAGCACAAUGAUGGAUAAUCUGCAAUCAAACGUCUUCGUGGCAGGCCAAAGACUCAACGACCUAACCGGCUACUCCAGCAUCGAAGCUCUAAAGAACGACAUCCAGUUCCAAGAAAGCCGCCUCCGCGCAGCCAGAUCCCACGUCAAACAAGCAAAAGAAGACUACGCCUCAGCCAUAAACCGUCGCUCAACCUCGCAACGCGAAGUGAACGAGCUCCUACAACGCAAACAUGCCUGGUCCCCCACCGACCUGGAACGCUUCACCCUCCUCUACCGCAACGACCACACAAACGAAGUAGCAGAAACAGAAACGUCGCACGCGCUCUCAGCCGCAGAGCGCGAAGCCGAAGAAGCAGCCGCGCAGUUAAGCAAGAGCAUUCUCUCCCGCUACCACGAAGAACAAGUCUGGUCCGACAAGAUCCGCCGCAUGUCGACAUGGGGCACGUGGGGUCUGAUGGGUGUCAACGUGCUGCUGUUCCUGGUCUUCCAGAUCCUUGUUGAGCCAUGGCGUAGAAAGAGACUUGUCAAGGGCUUCGAGGAUAAGGUUGUCGAGGCGCUUGAGAAGGAGAAGGAGCUUAACCGCGCGUUCCUGGCUGAGACUGCCGGUGCGCUUUCGGCCAUUCCAUCUGCUUUCUCGUCUGAGAUUGUUGAUGCUACCUCUGAUACGGAACCCUCGAUUCCUAUCGAGGAUGCUCCCGUGGCUGUGAAGGAGAGUCUUCCUGUUGCUGUUGAGGCUGCUAAUGCUACUGCUGCACCUUCAACGGAUGAAGCAGUGUCUGAUGCGGGUGCGGAUGCUGCCCUAUCACUCCAGUCUCGCUUGUUGGGUAUCUCUCACCCACCCACCUCCGUCGAGUACUGGAAGACCGCCUUCCAUGAAUUCUUCAGCGAACGCAGCGUAGCCGUCUCCCAGCGUGAUGUUACGACAGUCGCGCUUCAGAGUGCUGCGGCUGGAGCGGCUGUGAUGGGUUUCCUCUUUGCCAUUUUCAGAUCUGGGUAA